AAUGAAAGGGGCGGAGCGACCUGCGUGCGGCGUGACGCCACCGCAUUGCGACCGGUACUCCGUGAGGCGUGCGCCGCAAUAGUGGAGCUGGAGGUGACUAAAGCCACCUGAAAUGUCAAUUGCUCGUUCAUCUGUCCACGCCAAAUGGAUUGUGGGGAAGGUGAUUGGGACAGCAAUGCAAAAAACUGCUAAAGUGAGAGUGACCAGACUUGUUCUGGAUCCUUAUUUAUUAAAGUAUUUUAAUAAACGAAAAACCUACUUUGCUCACGAUGCUCUUCAAAAGUGCACAGUUGGGGAUAUUGUACUUCUUAAAGCUUUACCUGUUCCACGAACGAAACAUGUGAAACAUGAGCUGGCUGAGAUCAUUUUCAAAGUUGGACAAGUCAUAGAUCCAGUGACGGGAAAACCCUGUGCAGGAACUACCUACCUGAAGAAUCCAGUUAGUUUGGAAACCACCCACCUAACCAAAAACCUGGAAAAACUCAUUAUCUCUUCAGAACAAUGAAGGAGGAUUAGAAAUAGAAGCCAAAGGGAAAGAUUUAUGAGUUUGCUUUAAGGAAAAAGAUAUUUUUCUAAGUUUCAUCACAAACUGACCAAUUUAUCUUCUGGUAUUUGUGAAAUAGUGAAAAGUAAAUGAAUAAAGCGUUUGUUAUAAUUUUCCAUGAAGGUUUAUGGUCAUGUUUCAAAUUUCCUUUUCAAUGAACAUACUUUCCUGUUACACUAAGUGUGCCUAACAACCUGCUGCAUUAUUUUUUAAGCUCACUGUUUUAGAUGUGUUUUUUCUUUUUUUUUUUUUUCAUUCAAAGGAAUCUUGAAUUUAUCUUAGAAUCUUUAUUUUGGGAGAAGAAAUCCUUUAGAUAUAAACAGAUAAGUUCACAUUAAGUGACUAUUCUUGAUGGUAUGUACUCAAAAUUAAUUUAAUUUUUUUCUCUGAUUUAACCAGUUCCAAAUGGAAAUAAUCAGCAUGCUUGGGGUCAGACUAUAUCAGAUUAAAGCCUGUAAUUAAAUAUCAGAUUAAAGUCUAAUUAAUAAGAAAAUAAAACUUUAAAAUUCUUUGUUAUUUUUUUAAUCCUGUAUCCUAGGCUACAUUAAAUAGGAGUGAGUUCUUAAAAUCUGAUACAUUGAUGAAGUCAUAGAACUUCUCACAUGUGCAUUUGAAUUGGAGAGUUUCAGAGUUUUAUUGCUGUCUAUUAAUAAACUGUGAAUACUUAAAUUUU